GCAAUAUUAUAUAAAAAAAAAGUCAGUAACAUGAAACGUCAAAAAUAGCGUCAAGUGGUCGAUAUUGUAUAAAAUACGAAUUUUUUAUAGUAGCUAAUAUUUUCAUAUCCAUCCUUGUAUUUUUUUAAAAAAUGGCAGAGAAUCAAUCUAGAAAACGAAAACUGGAAGAAAAUGGAUCCGAAGUAGCGGAAUCUUCCGCAAAAUCGAAACAUAUUCAGUGCCCGUACCUAGAUACGAUAAAUAGGCACGUACUAGAUUUUGAUUUUGAGAAAUUAUGUUCGAUUUCAUUGACGAGAAUCAAUGUUUACGCUUGUUUGGUGUGCGGAAAAUAUUUCCAGGGGAGAGGUACAAAUACUCAUGCAUACACUCACUCGGUGGCUGAAAGUCACCAUGUGUUCCUCAAUCUUCACACAUUGAAGUUCUAUUGUCUGCCUGACAACUAUGAAGUUAUUGAUUCAUCCCUCAAUGACAUCAAGUAUGUAUUGAACCCUACAUUUACAACUGAUCAAAUUAAACAGAUGGAUUCCAAUACGAAAAUGUGUCGAGCAAUAGAUGGGACAAUGUAUAUGCCUGGUAUUGUCGGUCUUAACAACAUUAAGGCCAAUGAUUAUUGCAAUGUUAUUUUACAGUGUCUCUCACAAGUGCGACCGCUACGUAAUUACUUCCUGCGUGAAGAGAACUACGCCGACGUCAAGCGACCGCCUGGUGACUCUUCAUUCCUGCUGGUGCAGCGAUUUGGUGAGCUGCUACGCAAACUGUGGAACCCUCGCGCGUUCAAAGCGCACGUUUCACCACACGAGAUGCUGCAAGCUGUUGUGUUAUGGUCCAAGAAGAGGUUCCAGUUUAUUAAACAGAGUGAUCCUGUCGAUUUCUUGUCCUGGUUUUUGAACUCUUUACACAUGGCGUUGAAUGGUACCAAGAAGCCUAACAGCUCUAUUAUAUAUAAAUCGUUUCUUGGACACAUGAGGAUUUACACAAGGAAAUUACCGCCGCCUGAUGCAGAUGAUGCGGCCAAGGUGGAUUUAAACAGCGAAGAGUACAGUGAAAUGAUCACUGAAUCGCCGUUUUUGUAUCUCACGUGCGAUCUGCCACCUACACCUCUCUUUACUGACGAGUUUAGAGAAAAUAUUAUUCCUCAGGUAAACCUCUAUCAGUUACUAUCUAAGUUCAACGGACAAACAUCAAAAGAAUACAAAACCUAUAAAGAGAACUUUUUAAAAAGAUUUGAAAUAACACAAUUACCGCCAUAUCUGAUAUUGUAUAUCAAGAGGUUCACGAAAAAUACCUUUUUCGUGGAGAAGAACCCGACAGUUGUCAACUUCCCCGUUAAGAAUGUAGACUGAGAUAUCCUCACACCAGAAGUGAAGGCAAAACAUAAUGGUAAAACAAUAUAUGAGCUGGUGGGUAAUAUUGUGCACGAUGGGACUCCAGAAAAGGGAACAUAUAGGGCUCACGUGUUGCACAAGCCAACACAGCAAUGGUUCGUCCUUAGACUAUGGAAAGCCUGGACAAUGCCAUUCUCCCUCACAGAGGCAUACAUACAAAUAUAUGAGCUUAAGCAGGACUGAGUUUGGUAAUAAAAUGUAUAUUUGUCAUGAA